UAGAGCGUGUCUGUGAGUGUCAUCAUCUGGCUUCACCGCUUGGUGGUCUUUGGGUCCCGGUGGAGGACGCUGGAGUGUAUGGAACCAGGCUGCCUGGGUCCAAAUCCUGGUUCCACCCCAAGGAGAUUGAGCCGGUUAUGCCUGCCCUCCUGAAGCCUCCCUCUCUUCAUCGUAAGAAACCGUCGCGCGGAUCACAUAUUGAGAAAGAAAGAGCCUAUAAGAUAUGAGACAUGAGUGUUGGACGCCGAAGAAUAAAGUUGCUGGGUAUCCUGAUGAUGGUAAAUGUCUUCAUUUAUCUGAUUGUGGAGGUCUCCAAAAGCAGUAGCCAAGAGAAGAAUGGGAAGGGCGAAGUCAUAAUACCCAAAGGAAAGUUCUGGAAGACUCCCAGCCCUCCCUCGGCAUACUGGAACCGAGAGCAAGAGAAGCUCAGCCGGCACUACAACCCCAUUCUGAGCAUGUUGGCCAACCAGACAGGGGACGCGCACGGGGCUUCCAACACGAGCCAUCUGCACUCUUGCGAGCCGGACCUGAGUGUCGCGUCCGUCGUGGCAGGUUUCAGCAAUUUGCCAGACAGAUUUAAGGACUUCCUGCUCUAUCUGAGAUGUCGGAAUUACUCGCUGCUUAUCGACCAGCCCACCAAGUGUGCAAAGAAACCCUUCUUGCUGCUGGCGAUUAAGUCCCUCACCCCGCAUUUCGCUCGAAGGCAAGCCAUUCGGGAGUCUUGGGGCCGAGAAGCCAGGGUGGGGAACCAGACGGUGGUGCGCGUCUUCUUGCUGGGCCAGACGCCCCCCGAGGACAACCACCCCGACCUCUCAGACCUGCUGAAGUUUGAGAGCGAGAGGCACCAAGACAUUCUUCUGUGGAGCUACCGGGACACGUUCUUCAACUUGUCCCUGAAGGAAGUUCUGUUCCUCCGGUGGGUGAGCACUUCCUGUCCGGACGCCGAGUUUGUCUUCAAGGGCGACGACGACGUCUUCGUGAACACCCACCACAUCCUGAAUUACUUGAAUAGCCUCUCCAAGAACAAAGCCAAAGACUUGUUUAUAGGCGAUGUGAUCCACAAUGCUGGUCCCCAUCGGGAUAAGAAACUGAAGUACUACAUCCCAGAAGUGGUUUACUCUGGCGUCUACCCCCCCUAUGCGGGGGGCGGGGGGUUCCUCUACUCCGGCCGCCUGGCCCUGAGGCUGUACACGGUCACCGACCAGGUCCACCUCUACCCGAUCGAUGACGUGUACACCGGAAUGUGCCUUCAGAGGCUCGGCCUCGUUCCGGAGAAGCACAAAGGCUUCAGGACAUUUGACAUCGAGGAGAAAAAUAAGAAUAAUAUCUGUUCCUAUGUAGACCUGAUGUUAGUACACAGUAGAAAACCCCAAGAGAUGAUUGAUAUUUGGUCUCAGUUACAAAAUGCUCACUUAAAAUGCUAAAACAGUAGCUCAGUUUUGCAUAGGAAGACCUGUCUCCACUCGUCGUUCCCAUGUGGUGUUCUCCCUUUAGGGUGAUUUCUAUGCGAAGCCAUCAGAAUUGCCUUUAGGUCUCCCUCUGAGGGCCUUGAACAUGGCCCGCCACUUGGUACUGUUCUGGAGAGGGGAAGCAGAAGAUAAGUUCUCACGGAGGUGCCAGUCCUUCUUGCUGUAUUCAUUUGUCUCUCCCACCCCCAGCCCCCCUUUCUCAUCUGAAAGCCUGUGUUUCUGGGAGUUGACCAUUUAAAGUUAAUUUGGGUUUGCCCUUGUUGGAUAGGCCUACUUUCCUUUUUACUGCUGGAUGUAUCUGUGACGCAGGUGUUUAUCAAUGGGUUGGGCCACAAAGGCUCUGUUAUGCAUCAUUCGGUAGCUUCUGAGAAACAGAGUUAAAUCGAUCUUCACAAAAUUUGGAUGAAUUUUUAAAUCGUCUAGAAAAAUUGACUUCUGUCAAGUCUAAAAUGUCUUACCACCCCAGCAGUAUUUUCUUGUGUCUCUCUAAUCAUGUCUGUUUUGCAAAAUGAUCACUCACCGUGUGACACUCGGGCAUUUUUCUCUUGUUACGGUCUUAAUUUGCAGAGAGAAUUUGAUUUUGAGUUCAGUUUGCUGGGUGGUAUCAUGAUCAUUCUCUACUUUUAGUAUUUGCUGAUAACGAGUAUGAUUCCAUAAUGGCCAACUGAAGAGUGAAUUAAUUGCCCCUGACAGCCAGAUGGCGUUUGUAACAUGAGAAAGUAGACCAGGAAAGCCGAUGUAACCUUUGAGCUACAGGUGGGAAGAGUGAAGUUGGACCCCCUUUUCGCAAGUGGUGUGUCAUUUAAAAUCUCCAGGCUUCUAUUCUUGCCAUGUUUCCUUCCACGUGUUGCUUAUACUAUUCUGAAUAGCGACUGCUUCCCUGUCUCGGUGUAGAAGUGCCUGUGUUUUUAUUUAUUGUUCAAAUCAAAGACCAAAACAUUUUCUUAAAUAUAUUUUGUGUAAUAUUUUAUUUGUAUACAGUGUUGUUGAAGAAAUAUUUAACUAGAGCAUGUUUUAAAUGUUUCAGAAGGUGUAACAUAUGUUUGAAUAAAGCUGUUAUUUUUGAAUUUUGAAAUUUGUGUUUUUGGACUAUGAAUGACUAGAGUUGUAAAAAUUCUGCCAAAGUGUUGCUUAUACAUACUAUCUGGUAACAUGCUGUCUUGAAAUAUUUUUAUGUUUAUAGAGAUGAGAAUUCUUAUCAGAUGCAAUAUACUUGGACUGUAAGAAGGUGGAAAUAAAAAUCACUGUGUAUUUUUAA